UGAGCUUCCACCCGGAAGUUGGCGCAGAAGGAGUGGGUGGUAACUGGAAGCCGGCAGUAUUUGAAUUUUUUUUAAUGCAUCUAUUUCCGAGUCAGGCUUCUUAGUGACCCUAGAUCCUUCACCUUGAGCACACCUGAGAUGCCUUGGAAAAGGGGGAUCCAGUGUUUGGGGGCCAGGGUUGUUCUCAAUGGGAGGGCAACCCCAUGGCAGCCCAUCAGUGUCAGUUGCACCAGCCACAGGAGGGAGCAGCUGGCAUCUCUCCAAAAAGAGAGUGUCCCUUGCCAGAGGAAAUGCUCAGUAUGGGAAGGAAGCCCCAUCACAAACCCUUCAGGUUGUUCAGCUGGUCCCAGUGUAGGGCAUCCCCGCCUGAUUCAUCAGACUGCAUCAUCCCGAGGCCUGACAAUGGAGGACAUCCAGAAAGCCAGGGAAUCUCGGCCCAAGAAAGACCCGGAGAGCAUGGUAAAAGUGAGGCAAAAGCUUAGUGAGAGGGCCCGGGAGCGGAAAGUGCCAGUGACACGCGUUGGGCGCUUUGCAAACUUUGGAGGGCUGGCUGUGGGUUUGGGACUUGGAGCCUUGGUGGAAGUGGCAAAGAACUCUUUUAAUGGAGAGCAAAAAUCCAAAGAUGGCAGCUUAUUAGAAUCCAGCCCCUUCCUAUCAGAGGCCAAUGCGGAGCGGAUUGUGGACACUCUCUGCAAGAUGCGUGGGGCAGCCCUCAAGAUUGGCCAGAUGCUCAGCAUUCAAGACAACAGCUUCAUCAGUCCUCAGCUGCAGCGAAUCUUCGAGCGUGUGCGUCAGAGUGCAGACUUCAUGCCACCCUCUCAGAUGACGGGGGUGCUGGUGGAAGAACUAGGCACUGACUGGCGGGACAAAGUGGCCUCUUUUGAGGAAACACCUUUUGCAGCCGCCUCCAUUGGACAGGUGCACCUUGGAGUGUUGAAGGAUGGGACGGAAGUGGCAAUGAAGAUCCAGUAUCCAGGUAUUGCUCAGAGUAUCCGAAGUGAUGUGGAUAACCUUCUCUCCAUACUCAAGAUGAGUGUCGCACUCCCCGAAGGUCUCUUUGCAGACAACACUCUGCAAGUCCUGCAGAAGGAGCUGGAAUGGGAAUGUGACUACGAACGGGAAGCUGACUGUGCCAGGAGGUUCAGGCAGCUUUUGGAAGGAGAUCCCUUCUUUGAGGUGCCAGAGGUGAUCGAUGAGCUCUCCACCAAGAGAGUCUUAUCUAUGGAGCUGAUUGAGGGGGUCCCCCUUGACCAGUGCCAGGCUCUCGACCAGGAGGUCCGCAACGAGAUCUGCUCGCACAUCCUUCGCCUGUGUCUCCAGGAGCUGUUUGAAUUCCGUUUCAUGCAAACCGAUCCAAACUGGUCUAAUUUCUUCUAUGAUGCUAAGAGGCACAAGGUUACUCUGUUGGACUUUGGGGCCAGUCGAGACUUCAGCAAAGAGUUCACAGAUGAUUACAUUGAGGUGGUGAGAGCGGCUGCUGACGGGGACAGGGCCAAAGUCCUCCAGAAAUCCAAAGACCUUAAAUUCAUGACGGGAUUUGAGACCAAGGUGUUUGAGGAGGCACACGUGGAUGCUGUGAUGAUUCUGGGGGAGGCCUUCUCCACCCACGGUCCCUUCAACUUCGGCACCCAGAACACCACUCGGGGCAUCCAGGACCUCGUCCCGGUGAUGCUGAAGCACCGCCUGAGCCCUCCGCCGGAGGAGAGCUACUCUCUGCACCGCAAGAUGGCUGGCUCCUUCCUCAUCUGUGCUCGCCUUGGAGCCGUCAUCCCCUGCCGGGAGAUGUUCGAAAAGGCUUAUGCCCAAUAUGUUGCACGGGGACGAGAUGCCGCAUUGGUGGAAGGGUCAUAGUGCAAGACAGCAGCUUUGUGGCUGUGAUAUGUUAUUAUUCUGAAAUGGACUGGAAGGGCAAAAGUAUUUCUACCGCACUGAGAUCAAGCCUAAUUGUUGGACCCGAUCCUACAGCACGUUGUCUCGAUUGUGGUGCAGAAUCUCUCCCCGCCAGUCCGCUUUUGUACCAGCUGCUGACUUGACACACUCCAGGACUGGAUUCUGGGCUGCCUUGGCAUUUGCUGCCUUGUCUACUUUUAUCUUUUCUGGUUUUACUGUUCAAAGCUAUUGGGACCUCUCUUGAAUCAAGAAAAUUGGCAAGGAGUAGCAACUUCAUCCUUCUCCACUUAGUUGCUCUCCUACACACUCUCGGUUGGUGCUGUUAUGUGAUUCCUGAUUCUAAUGUGUGGACAAUGGAUAUUCCAUCUUCAGAGGUGACAUUUAAGUGCUUCUAGCUCAACAUUGGACAGUCCUGCCCAUCCUUUGUUUCUUCCAAUUGCCUCUCCAGCCACAACUUGCACUUGCCUUUGAGGAAGAGCUGUAUGUAGAUAAAGGGUGGUCAACGAUGGGGAUGCAUUGGGACAAAAUACACAGGGGAGAGGAAGCAGACGCCCUUUACCCUUCCAUGUGUUAUGUGAAUGGUGCCAUAACAUGCAGUUCACUCCCCUGGCCACAGAGGAAAGGAGUGUGGAGGUGGGAUGGAAAAAGAGAAUGGGUGGCCUUCUUGUUUUCAAGCUUCCUGUUCCCAUGCAAAUGGUUUAAAUAAGCUCAGCAAUGAGGUUGGUUUGGGGGGCUGCACCAAAGGGCAGCCUUCACUUCUUACAAGCCAGAAAGACCCUUUGCAGGCUAGGCCAGAGGUCUUUUCUUGGACCUUUUAGGACUUCCCUGUAUCUCCAGACCAAUGCCAGAUGCUCAACCAGGAGAUCAACAAGAUGGGUGGAAUAGGAUAAGCCAUUACUUAUGGAGUAGAUUGUUGCAAGUUCAGCAGGAUGUGGUCAAAAAGUGUGUAGGAAAGAAUGUACAGCGCAUGGUCAGCAAACUGUUCAUGGGUUCCGGUAGUGCUGCUUAACAAUGCAAUUCUCCUUCUCUCUCUUUAAACUAUUUUUUCCUAUAACCUUAUGGGUUGGGGGUAAGGUAUAGCCAGAUCAAACAUUUUUAUAGUACUGAAUGUGAUGGGGGUGCUAUUCUAGCAGCAAAAACUCAAUACAAUGGUACGUAUAUCUAGUACAUCAACUAGUGGUUAAAUAAUAAUUUGCCUUCCCUGCCACUGAAACAGAGAGGUGCAGAGACCAGAGAAACUAAAGGGAGGUUUCGUGUAGGACAAUUUGGCUGAAGUGGAAAGGUGGGUGGGCAGAGGAAAGUUGAGUUGCAAUUUUGAGGUGUUUACAUUGCAUGGUGUGUGCCUGACUCCGUGCAGUCCUGGAAGUGGACCGGUGGUUGUUUUAAAAGCACCCCUCCCGCCUGGUGGGAGGGCUUCCUGUUUCUGCCCAGUUUUGUGGCUCCAAUGUUUAACCGUCGGGAAAUGUGGGGAUUCGAUUUUUUAUUAUUUCAGGGCAGGCGGCAACGGAUUGCGGGCGCCCAACCCCUCUGCCCAAACGGAAAACAAAAUAAAUUAAUAGCUCAAUUGAUGUGCGAGCCCUGAAUGCGGGGGAAGAAGUGGUGAUUUAGCUGCAGGGUUUUCCAAUGUGAACAGCACAACAUACAAUCCAACAGAUAGUUUUUCCCUUCAGUCUGCAAACUUCCAUUGCAUCCCCUCUUGUACCAGAUGAGCAGGAGAAAGGACUAAAUUCUGAGUUCUUGAGUAGCAAGACUGGCUCGGUAUUUGGAUCCUGCUUUACCCUCUACUAGUUUUCCAUCAUGUUACGCAUCCAGAUGGUAGCGCUAAAGAUUUGCCUUUGUACUGCAUUCUGCAGGAUCCUGUUAUACAACAUCUUAUUUCUACUCAUAGAGAAAGCAGAAAGUCCCUCCUGUCUCCCAAAAUAGUUUGGUUCCAAGUUUUUAAUCAUGUUCUUAUCCUCUUAACUUUAUUGGUGGUCAUUCCCUUCUGCUUCCCUUCAAGAGUCCUGUUGGGGAGUUGUCGAGUGUUCUGCCCCUACUUGGCUUUGUAUUUGUACCACUCAUUGGGUCUUUGAUUUGGAAGGAGCCAAAAAGACCAUCUAGGACAGUGGUUCUCAACCUGGGGCCCCCAGAUGUUUUUGGCCUUCAGCUCCCAGAAAUCCUAACAGCUGGUAAACUGACUGGGAUUUCUGGAAGUUCUAUACUACGCAGGAAUCAAUACUAUGCAGGAAUCCACACCAAAACUUUCCUGCCCAUCCAACCUGUUUCAUAGAGGUUGAGGCGUGGACCUCGAACCUACACUUGAAUGUGGCAAUCUCACACAUAGUUUUUCCCUACAGUUUCUGCAAACUUCCAUUGCAUCUCCAUUUGUACCAGGGGGUCAAAGGAGGAGAGUCUACUACUAUUCUACAAUUGGGUUGCUGUGAGUUUUCUCAGCUGUAUAGCCAUGUUCCAGAAGCAGUCUCUCCUGACGUUUCACCCAUGUUUAUGGCAGGCAUCCUCAGAGGGCCUCACAACCUCUGAGGAUGCCUGUCGUAGAUGUGGGUGAAAUGUCAGGAGAGAAUGCUUCUGGAACAUGGCCAUACAGCCCAGAAAACUCACAGCAACACAGUGAUUCUGGCCAUGACAGCCUUCUACAUCAUAUUAUAUAAUUGAAUUAUUACAAUAAAUAAUUUUUUCCUAAUAUGUAGGUAGAAUGUCUCAUAAUUUGAAUCCUUUGGUUUGUGUUCUAGCCUCUAAAGCAGCAAAAAUAAGCUUGCUCUGUCUUCUAAACAACAUCCCUUAAGAUAUGUAAUGAUGGGAAUGGUUUCACCUUCACCAAAGAGCCAGGUGUACUGUUUAGGACCACUGCUCUUUCCCAUUGUCCUAUUGUCUGGGGAUGUGCAGGUGUCAUUAUGCCGUCACACCCAGGCACCUUUUAAAGCUUUAAGAUGUGCUUCUUCCUUUGCCCAGGUGAACUGUGGGGGCCUUACUUAGAAGCUCUGGAAAUCCCAGUAACCAAAGGCACUUCAGGUUGAACACUCAAACAAAAUUUUAUUUUCACAAAGUCCUUGGCACACGUAAUUAAGGUUGCAAAUAUAAACAGUCAACUUAAAAAACCUUGCAGAUGUUCCUUUCUUGCUUUUCCCCUUUAGUUGCUGGGUUAACUUCCACCAAAGGAGAAGAGAUCCUGAGAUCCUCUUUACCCUAGCCCUGAGCUGCUAUCAAAAAGGUCUAUAACUAUCUAAGCUCAAAGCUAGUUUUUGAGGCGAAGUUGGUAGGGCUUCUUCCAGUGAUAAAGAAAUCCAGAGAUGUUCUCUGCCCCAGUGCCAAGUUACUAUUUUUAGAAAGAACAGGUCCUUCCCUAUCUAUGCUCGGCACUGGUUUUAAAGGCAGGUCAGUACUUACGAUGGCUUUGUCAGAGUUGGCCUGGCUUGGCCACACAAGCACAUCUAAGUUCUUUCUUCUUCAGUCUAGAAGGCAAAAGGCUUCUCAAAAUGGAGCCUUCUUUCCCCAGGAAAAGGGGCGGUCUCCAGAACAAAAAGAUACAUUUGCAGGCUGCCAGAAGCUUUGCUAAGCUGGCUACAAACUGCUAAUGCCUAACUAUCAGAGUGCUGCAGAAUCUGCAGCAACCCUGGAGCAAAUACAAACAGGUGCUAUUUUCUACAGCUAUGGAAAAAUGCAAACUAAACCUCUGGGGGAUGGAACAGUCAUGUCUGCCCGAACUAUGUUUUACAACCAUAAUCAUGUCUAGUAACAGUUGUCUUAGUCACAAUAGGCCAUACCUUAGAUUUGCCUAGGUUAGAUUCCUGUAAUGAAUCCUUUGUGGGAGCCCUUGCAGACUGAACACCAGAAAUGCUAAAAUAUUGACAGCAAUAAUUGCAAAGAGAAUAAAUAGCUUAAUAUAUAAUUAUAUUAAAAAGGAUCAAUGUGGAUUUAUUCCUGGAAGAAAUAUGUCAAAUCUAGUGGGAAGAGUACUAAAUAAAUUCAUACAAUUAAGGGGCGGGGGGGGGGGGGGGGGAGGAAUCAAAGGCAGGGAUAUUGGCCCUAGAUGUAUUCAAAGCAUUUGAUUGUGUUUCAUGGACAGCAUUAAAAAUAUAUUAGAAAGAUUUGGAUUAGGAGAGAGAUUUAGAGGAUUUAUUGAGAAAUUAUACUCAACUAAUUAUGUUGCAAUUCAAGUAAACGAUGGCCUAACCGAGAAAAUAAGAUUAACUCGAGGGACAAGACAGGGACGCCCCCUUUCACCUACCCUAUUCGCAAUAGGUAUAGAAAUAUUAGAAAAUACGAUACGAGAGGAUACAAAUAUAAAGGGGAUAGGGAGGGAGGGAAGAUAUAAGAUAUGUUUAUUUGCAGACAAUACGCUAUUAACCCUUGAAAAUCUAAUAGAACAGUUAAAAAGAAUAGAAACACACUUAACGGAGUUUGAGGAAGUCACAGGGGUUCAUGUUAAUUGGAAAAAAAUCAGAAAUUUGAUUAUUUAAUUAUACUAAAGAAGAGGAAGAGAAAAUAAGAGAAGGGAGAUUGUGUAGAAUAAAAAUAAAGAAGUCAAUAAAAUACUUAGAAAUCAAUAUAUCUAAAGAAAUUGGCAAUUUAGAAAGAGAUAAUAUAAUCAGAUUAAGAAAAAUGUUAAGGAUACUCUGGCUAAAUUUACCAAGCUUAAACUGUCUUGGUUCGGUAGAAUCGCAUUAAUAAAAAUGAAAAUAUUACCCAAAAUAAUUUUUUUGUUUAGAAUGCUACCUAUUAAAAUUUCAACUGGUGAAAUUACAAAUUGGCAGAUUUCCAACACUUCUCAUCCGUUUUUCCUUUAUUAUAUAAUGCCAAUUUCUUCGGAGUCAAGUACCACAUGUAGAACAUUUUAUACCAAUUCUCCUUGAUCUCCACUGAAUAUGAAUACCCUAAUUUCUUUAUCCAUAACUCCUCCCAUUGACUCAUGCUGAUAGUGUGUCCAACUAUUCUGGCCCAUUUUACCAUCACGUCCUUUACUUGCUCUUCUUCUGUUGCCCAAAUAAGUAAUUGUCUGUAUAAUAUUUUUAUUAAUUUUUUGUCUAUCUGUAAAAUUUUGUCCCAAAAUGAUUCUUGAAUUUCAAAUCCUUUCUUUUUAUCUUCCUUGUAUUCUUCAUUGAUCUGCCAGUACUGAAGCCAGUUUAUGGUUGGGUCAAUUUCUCUAAUCUCCUCAUAUGAUUUUAACUUGACCUCUUGGUUGUUAAUUGUUAGUAAUUGUUUAUAGGUGAUCCACUUUUCGCUUGGGGUUUCUCUUCUGUGGUAUGCUUCGCGUGGCGAGUACCACAUAGGAGUUUUUGUAUGUAAUCUGUUGCUAUACUUUUUAUCAAUGCUGCCCUAAUAAAGUGGUUUUUAAAGUUU